CGCAGUUACAAUUCAAUCGUUCGACGGUGAGCAUGUUGUUGGGUUUUAUCGCGUUACCGGCGGCUCUCUUCUACCGGAAGUGAAGUCUGCUUUCACACCGGCAUUUCGUGUCCUUUAGCGCGUUGAAAUUCAUCGGUUCGAAAUAAAAGAUAGACGAAUGGUGUUGUACGAGAGAUUCACGAAGACGGAAGAGUGAUAUCGCGGGUUUGUGUGUAAGUGUAUGUGUGUAUGUGUAUGUGUGCGUACGUGAGCGUAUAUGUAUAUGCUCUCUCGCCGACGGAACGCGAACGAUCGAGAAGGAACAAAGGGGAGAAGAGAGUAGAGUUUAAUUCAGAGAGAAUAUUUCGCGUCGAAUACUUUUUGCGCUUGACUAUAUAAAAAUAGAAGGAGAAGGGUUAGAGGAAAAGAAGAAAAGAACGUAUUCUUCGCGAAGGGUUUGUCGAAGCUUCUUACGAACUUGAACGAACGAACGAACGACGAACGAACGAACGAACGAACGAACGAACGAACGAACGAAGGAAUCGUCCGGCUUUGCGGCUUUAAGACCGGCCGGCGCCCGCUUUAAAGGGAAUAGAAUGGAAGCGUCGGCGCGUCGAGUCUCUCUCUCUCUCUCUCUCUUUCUUUCUUUCUCUUUCUCCUCUCUCUCUCUCUCUCUGUCUCUCUCGAGUUCCAAGUUGCUCCGAAUUGUUAGCGCAAGUCCUCAAUUCUAAUCUCUUAAUUCUUUAUCUUAUUCUUAUUAGUUUUCUCCUAUCUUUUUUCUUCUUUUUCUUCUUCUCCUUCCUUCUUCCUCCUCGUAAUUCUUCGGAUCACUUCCGUUCGAUCACUUCCGGGAUCCAGUUUCCACUUUAAGAGACUAUAACCCGAAAUGAGAGUAUUCUCGGCGAGAGUCAUCACGUACGCUCGCGAAUCCAAGGAAUAUAUAAGUGUUCCAUGAAUUUUCACGAAUUUGGAUCAUUAUUAUUCCGUACGAAGAUGUAGUUCUCGCGAUGCUCCAAAAGUAUUGACCUUCCUCGAGGGAGGCAAGCUACCUCGAGGGAAGAUAUAAGAAGAUCAAACGUGCGGUGCACUUUGGUGUUGUUCGUAAAACUUUUCGCAAAAAUUUCGUACCGUACGUAAGAUAUUAUACGUUCUUCGUUUGAUAUCAAUGGUUUGUGAGUGGUGAUUGACGUUUACGAGUGCGAAUAUAUAUGUAUAUAUAUAUAUUUAUAUAUAUAUAUAUAUAUAAAUAUAUGUAUAUGUAAUCGUGUGCUUGGUGUCUCGAAAAGAAUCUAAAUUAUUAGGAGAGAUCAAAUCUUACCUUUCCUUUUAUUUCUCGUCAUUUCUUUUUUUCAUCAUUUAUUCCAUCAACAUAUAAGAUCUCUUCUCCUCAUGGUACAUAAAAGGACAAGAAGAUUUCUAAUGUUCACCAAUAAGGAUGAGUGAAUUCUUCUCGUGAAAAAGGAUUUAUCGUCGAUUUUACCAAAAACCGUGGAUUCGGUCUUCAGGAUGAUCGGAUUCUAUAUUCGGGAGACGUACGCCUAGUCAUCACAGUGGAGUUCUGCUUAAUCGCAGAGGGGACCUUGGUUAAGGAAAGGUCGGCUGCUUACGAGGAGGAAGAACCUUCCAUUCUGCGGAUGACUCACGACGAGAACGGAACGAAAUCGAUCGACUCCGGCCACGAGUUUCCACCACCUCUUUUUACUUCUCGUUUCUCCCAUCGUUUUCUCUUAAGAGCUUUCAAUGAUUUCGCAUUUUCAUCGAACAAGAGGAAAUGGGAUAAGAAAGAAGAAAAAUCUUGCGUCAGCCUCGGGAGGGGGUGGUUCGAUGUUGGUCCCUCCCGUGGCCCAAGGCGGGACGGGCGAUCGUCCCGUAGGUGACGCGGGUGGUAGGGCCCAACAGUCGUCCGGCCCUGCCGGGACAGCAACCCUAUGGCCUCUUGCACCAGCGCAGCCCAACCAAGUUCCAAAUCAACAGUCACAAGGAAUACCACCCUUGGCUGCAACCCCUGCACCGGCGCAUAAUCAAGGUGUGAGCCGUUACGGGUUGUACUCGUUAUUUCCCGGGGGUGGCGGAGGUAGUUACGUCGCGGCCACUCCCGCCACCCCAGGGCCAUCCACCCCCGCGCGCGCUUAUCACGCAACAACGCAUAAGGUUUCAGAGAGCGUGUUCUCUGCUGCUGUUGGCGUUGGUGUUGGUGGAUACACCUGGGGUGCUCCCACGCCACCCCCUGGAUCACCCUACAGCCCUGUCCCUGUGACUCAGCUCGAACUACUCGCCAAGAAUUUGGCGAGUUUGGCGCCUCCCGGUCAACAGGCGUUGAGCCUUCAGGGUGUCGGUGUUAAUGUUGGCAGUCUUCACCAUGCGCAGCAUACUCAGCACACGCAGCACACCCUCAAUCUCGCUGGACUUCAUCAUCUGCACCAUGGUCUACAUCAGAACACUUUCUCGCCCCAACUCUCCCUGGUGACCGGUAACGCUCCGACAUUGACGAUCAAUAGCUUUUCACCAAAUUCGACGGGUAACGUCGUGCCGACGACGGGGGUGUUGCUCCAGGAGUAUCAGUCACCGACAGGCUCGACAGGCACCGGUUGUUCCGUCGCAGUGAACGGUUCCUCAUGUCCAACGAGUUCGACGAGUAGCACGAUGGUCGUCCAGGGUGGCAACCAGGUUGUCCAGACUACCGCGAAGAAACGAGAAGCCUUCCUCUCGAGUCAAGGUCAACCGGUGAAACUGGAGAACAAGUCGACGAGGCAGCCCUGCGUUUGCAGGAACAGCAACGGUAAAACGAAAGUGGUUCAUUCGGAUGCAGGCUGUAGCAGGACGUUGCCCGUCGCAUCGUCCUGGAAUGGACAGGAUGCGAAUAAUGGCGUUAAUUCUAAUACGAACAAUAAUAGCCUCGUGAAGAGAGAACCUUUGGCCUCGGUACCUUGUCAGGUUGCAGAGGUUUCGACCUCUCUUCACGCCACCACUACCUCUGUUAAGAUCGAGCCGGUUCCUCCGAAAUCGGAAAAUGGUAUAGUGGUAUCGAAUGCGAACGCAGGUGGAAUACCAGUCGGAAUUGCAAUGGCAAGACAGAGAUCGCAACAUCAGGAAACCUCGGCGUCCAUGCGGAAUGUCUCCCUCAGUCAUCAUACGUCGCAUCACGCAAGUUAUCAUCACUUUCAACCUGACAAUCUUGUCCCAUCGCUAGUUUGGGCCCUGUCGUCAGGUUCAUCGAGUACGGCCAUGACGGUAGGCGGCGCUACGCUCGUCCACUGUGGCGGAGGUGGUGGGGAAGAACGUCCGGCCCACCUCGCCAUUCCUUCGGGUGCUUUGGCGCCCUCGUUGAACGCGGCCCUCGGUUCGAGUCUUGGUUCGAGUCUCGGCCCGAAUCUCGGCCCGAGUCUUGGCUCCGGCCUGAAUUCCACCUUGAAUUCCAGCUUGAAUUCCACGCUCGGCAGUACCGCAACGGCCGCGGCCACUACCGCGUGGCCUCCCACGCUUUGGCAGUAUCCGGCCUCGGCCGCGGCCGCUGCCGCCGCUGCUGCCGCCGCAGCUGCAGCGAUGCCCAUGGAACCCGUAGGGUUCCCACAGAUGGGCGUCGGUGUGCAAGGCGGUUUGCAGUUGGUCAGAGAUCCAUCCAGUGGUCAUCUUCUUUUAAUUCACGCAGCCGAACAAAUGCAGCAGGCUGUGGUCUGGCCGAAUUAUCCAAAUCACAAUGGCGGAAACGUAGCGCCCCCGUCUCUUUUGUUACCGCCGCCGCCACCGUCCCUUCAACUUUUAAGCGACAUAGGCGGCGCUAGAUUGGUCCUUACCGAGAGCAAAAGAAAACAACAGAGCACUUUACCGAUCGUCAAGAUCGAGGCGGAUUGUGGUACGAAUCCGACAACUAUAAUCACAUCGACGGAAUCGACGAAGGCAUUGCAGAGCGUGACAUCGGUGACGGGCACUCUGGUGCCAGAUGCACCGCUCGUAACGACUCUUCAUUAUUAUCCACAUGCACCGGCUUUGGUGCAGAUUAGCCAAACGGAGCCCACGCAUUGUAGGUCGCAGCAGCGAAAUGCGUUUAUUUCGAAGGCAACCUCGCCGGUAUCCUGUCUAACGCCACCGCCAGAAGUGACGACGAUCCAUGCGAUCGAGCCACCGCAAAUGACACCGAUGGUCGGCGUCCAGGAUGCUUCGAAUCAAACGGAAGCCCCAGAAACCGAACAGGACCAGGAUUUACCAAUGGCGAUGGAGACACAGGUGAAGCAGGAGCAAAAUCUUAGCCCGUGUCAACUUCAAUGUGCUAGUACCGCGACGAAUCUCACGACGACUACCACUACUACAACGACGAAUUUGACGAAUCUGACGAACUUUGAGAUCGUCGCGGCGACACCAGAAAAGAUGUGUAACGUCGUCAGGAUAACGACGACAACGACCACGGUUAAUCCUACCGUGUGCGGUAUAGUUGGCAAGGUCGAUAAAGCAGAAAACACGAUCAUCAACAUGGCUGAUUGUCCAAAAUAUUCUAUCACGAGGGAAUGUAGAAGCGUCACGUCGAUCGAUAGAACGAUCGAACGUGUCGUAAGUCGUCAAGAUGAUUUGGAACAGGACGAGGAAGAAGAUUCGAGGCACGAUCGUUCGACGAUCAACGACGACGAUGAUUGCUACGAUAAUGGUAGAUCGCCGAUCUGUAGAGAAGGAAGAACUGGUCCUAGGAUCAUCGAAAUCACCGAAGAAAACUGCGACAGUUUCCACGAGAAUUUAGAGUUUUUUGCCACGCGACGGGAUCGUUCGACCGAUCGUCUUCGAGAUCGAAGGCGAAGUUAUGCGAUCGAUGCGACGCAGGAGCAACAUCAAAAUCGUGAGGAGGAGAAGAAGGUCAUUGUAGAGGAGCCGGUGAUCGAUCGUAUCGCCGAGGAAUCGAGAGGUACGGUAAUACAUCAAGUUAUCGCCAAAGUAUCACCGGAAACCUCUUGUUGCGAGUCACAGAGGAAAGAGGAAAUGUACACGGAAUCUAAGGUGAUGGUCGAUUCGACGUCGAAUAACGGGCCGCAAUCAAUGACGACGACGACGACAACGACGACGACGUCUCAGAAUAUCGCCGAUUGCGAGAGCUGCGGGAAAAAUCGAGACGUCCGUCCGCAAAUGGUUGUUCAACAAAAUCCAGAAGUGAAGCCACAAAUAAGUGUGAAAUCUUUCGAUAUGCCUAACAUCGAUUGCGACGAUCAAGAAAUGGGAACAGUGGUGAUCAAGCAGGAAGCCGACGAUGGUUCCUUCGACGAACAAAAUUCUAAAUUUGAGAAUGUAUCAACAAUGGAGAAGCCAAAGGAUUCGACGAAGAGACAUUCGGUUGAAAGAUCUCAUCCAGGUAUCGAGAACGUUGUCGAGAAAUUGAAGAAAAACGCGGCUGCUGCUAUGCAAGAAUCUUCCUAUCCGUUACAAAAGAUCGACGAAUCUAAAGAACGUAACGUUGAUAAUUCGCGUUCUAGAAGACACUCGGAAACGAUGCCGAGAAAGUUGGAGAACGGUUUGAAGAAACACAUAUUGAGAUCCUGCGAAAACGAACAAUUGUUGAACGAGAAACGUGAGAAUCUCGAACGAUCCGAGAUCGAAGGAUCUUCCGAGAAAGAUUCCAACAGUCUAACUUAUUCCAGAGAAUAUUUACAUAACGACAAUAAUAACGACAGUAGAAGUAACAAUAACAAUAUUAAGAAUAUAAACGACAAGGAACACGUCAUCAGGAAAAGGUUAGCAGUUGCCUGCGAGUCAAAGGUCAAGGACGACGUAUCCGAGGUAAACGCGAAUCCACCGAAAAAAAGUCGUCUAGAUAGAACAUCGAAUGUCAAUGACGACACGGUUUUCUUAUCAGCCACCAUUGUCGACAAUCAAAGCACGAAAUUGAAAUUGGCCAUUUCGACGAAGCAAAAAUCGAACGUCGAUCUCAGCGGCUUAGAAUUGCUCUCGAAUAGCAUCGAACAGUUCGAGCAUUUGAAGCCGGAGGCACAGAAUUGUUCGACUCCGGAUCUCGAGAAAUCGCCUAGCAGAGGGAAACUGAUCUCUCCUCAGGGUGAGAGCAAUAAUAAUAACGUCGAUAGUCCCCUCGGUUUGCUCUGUGCUCUGGCUGAGCAGAGAUUCAUGGAAGAGGUAGGAGACAAAGUGCCGAGAAAGCUCAAUCUCGAGAGUUCGGAAGAAAUAUCGAGAGCUGGUAGGCUGUUGUUAAAUCUUGGAAGGACGAGUUUGGAGAAGGAGAGAAAGAGGUUGGAUAAAAGAAAAAGUACGGAAGGAGACGAUGAGAAUUAUGAAAAAUCGAAGAGACUCAAAGUCGAUGUUGUCUACGAGGAAGACGAUGGAAAAAAUUCAUCGAUACGUUAUUACGAAAAAUGUGGUAAAAGUAGGAAACACGAAACUAAAUUACAGAAAAACAUGAUAUUCAGAGUGAAAGAGAAAUCGAGAAGAAGUAUAGAUCUAAACGAGGAAAAUGGUAUCGACGACGAGGAGACUUCUUCGUUGGCGGAAAGAUUCGUACGAGAACGAGAACGGGUUCCCAAGUUGGAUAAGGACAAUAACGAUUUGGAUUAUGAUAGAAAGAAGGAAACAUUGGAACGUUACGAUCCACAGUACGAUCGAUUUUGCGGAAACGACAAGUGUUACCGUGAUGUAUCAAAGAUAGAUGCCUUGACAGAUUCCGAAACGGAAAACGACAAGAUAGCUUGCUCUCCUACGAGAUUGGAGGAGGAAGUAGAUGUAAAUACGCAAAGAAGACGAGAAUCCACAGAGGAGAGAAAUAGGCAAGCGAAAUUGGACGCGAAGACGAACGUUGGUAAAAAAGGACAUGCGGAGGAAGACGGGGAUUGGCCAAAUAUGGACGCAAUGGAGUUGGAUAUGAGAGUGAGAUUGGCGGAUAUUCAAAGACAAUAUAGAGAAAAGCAAAAGGAACUUUCGAGGUUAACGCCGAAGAAGGAGGACAAGAGAAGUCCAGGUAGACCGAGAAAGAAGAGUCAUUCAUCGAGUUCCGAACACGGUACUCUCUCUUCUCCUCCCAUUUUGGAACCAGCAGUCCCUUGUCAAAAGUCUCCGUCUCAUUCUCCUGACGGAGCUCCACCGCCGUUAACGUCAGCAGUCUUGGCCAUGCCAAGAUGUAACGUGAAUCUUGUGAAACUCGGCGAACCUCGAAGUCACAUUAAACUUUUGGAUAGUAUACCGAGUAUACCUAUACCAGUACCACCGGUUGCUUCGCCUAUCACUGUCUUACCAACGAGCAAGAUACAAUCGGAGGAUGACGACAAGAGUACUGGAAGGAUGGAGUAUGAUACAUCUUCGCCAGCACCAACCGUAGCAAGUUCGAGUUCAGCUUCAAAGAAACGUAAAGUUGGCCGUCCUAGAAAACUUAUGUGCACGUCAGGGAAUACCAGACACUUUACAGAAACCAUUGUAGCGAAAAAGCCAAAAAGCAAAAGUUCCAUCGUGAGUUAUUUGUUGUCACCGAAAAAUAGGCAUCUUCAAACCAAGUACAUCGCCAAGUCUGGUUAUACUCCCCUACCCUUUAAAACCGGAAUGUUGACCCUAAAAGCUUCCUCUAAGAAUCACAAAUCAGUCAAGGCGAAGAUGAAACCCGCGAAACAAACUCCGCUGCACAAUAAGAACGUCAUCAGUUCGAUUAUCGCGGAGAAGGCUAAACUUAGUCACGAAGUUAAGUUGGACAAACACAGUAGUAGUAAGGUAAAACCAAAACUCAAAGCCGAGGCAAAGGUAAAAACCUGGGAAGACGACGAGAGUACCGUCGUUGAAAAUAUAUCGUCGGAUACCAUGAACCAGGAAGUUCUUGAGGAGAAAAGUCUUGAACAACCAGAGGAGGAAGAGGAGGAGGAGGAAGUCGAGAGAGAGGUAGAAAGAAAUAGGCACGAUAAAUCGAAGAAGAAGAAACAAAAGUCUGUCUCGUCAUCCCCGAGUCGACAUAAAUCGGGCGAUCGCGAUAAGAAGGAAUCUAAACGUCGAAAGUCGUCCGAUUGUAAAGAUUGUAAGGAAUGCGCGAAGGUUGCUAAAGCGGAAAGAACGGAAAGCAUUAUUAAUAGAUGCAAGCUAACGUCAGCUCACUUAGCCAUUGAUCAGUUAAGAGUACUGACGGCUAUGGGUGGGCUCUUUUAUGCCGGAAGACUCAGCGCUGUUCAAGCUCCAGAUGUUUAUGCUAUUACUCUCGAUGGCGAACGAGGCAACAGACCUCAUAUUCAUUCAAGGGAAGAGAUUUUACGAGACGCGAUCGUAGAGGUAUGUCCAAGCUCGACGAAAGAAUUACCACCCGGUACGAGACUUUGUGCUUAUUGGAGCGAGCAAUACAGAUGUCUUUAUCCAGGAACAUCGGUCGAACCUACCGAACCAGAUCCUGAACUCGAUGAGAAGUUUGUCAGUGUCGAAUUCGAUGACGGCGAUAGCGGUAGAAUAGCUUUGGAUGACAUCAGACUGCUCCAGCCUGAUUAUCCUGUUGUUGAAUACGAUCCAAAUCCUCUUUUAUCUUUGGGUAAACGUCGUCGACAGACCUCGGUUUCGAUAGAAGAUAAAAGAUCGUCCGUAAAUACUAUAUCCGGUGCAACAUCGAAUAGUUUAACGUCUACGGUUUCUUCCACAACUUCCACUCACAUUUCCUCUUUCGAUGGAGCGUCGAUAGAACGACACAAAACGGAUGAUAUCAAUGCAAAGGCAUUGGACGAUUAUCGUGAACGUAAACGUUUGAAGAAGAGGAGAAAAGAUAAAUUGAAGAGACAACACGAGGCUCAAGAAGGAAAGAAGAAACACAAGAGGCACAAGGGCUGCGAAGAGCAUAGAAAGCACAAGCAUAGAAAACAUAGGAAACAUAAGCAUAAACAUAGUCAUCAUUGCAAUCACAGCGAAGGAAGUCAUAUAAGCAGCGGGGAAAGUUGUUGUGGUCAGAAAAGUGAAGACGAACCAAAUAAAGAGACUCCAGCGAAGGUUGAAGAGGAAGAGGAAGAAGAGGAAGAGGAGGAAGAGGAAGAAGAGGAAAACGAAGAAAUGACUCUGGUGGAAGAAGAACCCGAACCAGUUCCAGAACCAAUCGAAGAGAUAGUAAGGGAGGAAAAGAUAGAAAAGCCUAAAAAAUCUGACAAAAAAGGAAAAGUACGAGAGAGACAGGAGUCGGUGGAAAGUCGAAGUAAAAUGGCUGCAUUCUUGCCUGCGAGACAAUUAUGGGGAUGGGCUGGUAGAGGUUACAGAAGACCUGGUGCAAAAGGAAGAGCUAAGAAACAAUUUUUCCGAGCCAUUCAAAGGGGAAACGAAACUAUUCAGAUAGGUGAUAGUGCAGUUUUCCUUUCUACUGGUAGACCAGAUAGACCAUACAUCGGACGUAUAGAGUCUAUGUGGGAAACAACAAGUUCUAAUAUGAUAGUUAAAGUUAAGUGGUUCUAUCAUCCUGAAGAGACGGUAGGAUGUCCAACCAAUCUAAAGUAUCCGGGUGCUCUAUUCGAAUCCCCUCAUAUGGAUGAAAACGAUGUACAAACUAUUUCCCAUAAAUGCGAAGUAUUACCAUUGGACGAGUAUACAGAAAAGCUGGGAAAAGAACCUCAUAGAUAUCUUACCAUCUAUGAUAACAACGAUAUCUACUACUUGGCUGGAUAUUACGAUCCGACGACGUACCUUCUAUCUAUGCAACCUGGGGUUGUUUGAGAACAGCUAAAGCUGACGAUUAAGUUGACUGGUGUCACUUAAUCGUAGUCAGCCACAAAUUUUGCGAAAUUCAAUUAUAAAUAGCUGCUGUUGAUUUACCUUAACGCAGCUUUUAAACUUGUCGAUGUUGUAAAGCGACAUGCAAGAAGAAAAAGAAAACAAAAACACUGAAUUUAGGAAAUAUGUUCCUAACACAGAGGUCAUAAUGCAAUAAGGAAUAGAAAGCAAUUUAUUGUUUCGCUUUCCUAUUGUAUGUCUUCUUGAUGUGUUUAUUAAUGACGACGAUGCAAACAGAGGUUAAAUUUAUCAUAUAAGAAUUUGCCCAAGAAAUCUGAACAAGUCUGUUGUAUAGAAUCUUUCGCGAUAAAUCUUAUUCACUGACUUUACAAAUUGGAUCCCGAAUUGUAGCAGGUAUCCAAAGAAGUAUAAUAAUUUCAUGCAAGGCACAAGCGCAUUGUAUUUGAAAACAAUUUCUUCCCGUGAUCUUUGCACAUUAUAUUUGCGAGUUUUAUCACAAAAUAUUCACAAAAUGUACAUCUUCUUGAGCACACUUAACGAAUUAUUAAUGAAUAUUAUCGAAUAGAAAUUCAUAGCUUCGUAUUGUUGCAAAAAUAAAGAAAGAAAAAUAAGAAAAUCGCGAACAAUUUCGUAGGGAAAUUCUUUAAAAAUAAUGUUAAUUAAUCAGCUGAAUUUUACGAUAGGACACGUAUCAACUGUUAUUCAAAUAACUUUAUUAUUUUCUUCGUUGUGCGUUAUCGAAACAUAAUGAAAAUCGUUCUUCUUAUUAAUUCAAAUAACUACGUCUUUCUGAACUUACACGUCGUCGAUCAGAAACUGUUUGAAAUUAAUGAAAAAUUUAUUAAUUUAGUAUAUUUUCUAAAAUGUUUUGUGAUAGUACUUGCUUCAGAUAAAGGAUUAACGAAAUUAUUCAAUAGACGAAUGAAAGACGACAUUGAAAUCUACAGGCACGUAAUUUAUUUCUUGAUAAUUCAAUUUUGUCUGUCCAGGGUAUAAAUAAUGCCCAUUUCAAAGAUAUAUAUGCAAAGAUGGCUAAUCCUUCUUUAGAUCGAUUUAAACGAUUCGAUUGAGAAAAAUUAAUUAAGAAACAUUUCCUAAUCGUACGGUCGACAAAUUUAUAUAUACGUAUGUGAUGUAUAUAUGUGUAUAUAAUAUACGUAUAUGCAUUCACAUUAUAUUAUAUAUAUAUGCAAUACACCUGCUAUCUUAUAGAACAAAGUUGACCAAAAUGUAAUUCACGAGUUCGGCGAAGCUUUAUUCUGAUAUAAUCUCUUUUCUAUAAUUCUAAUAGAGUCUCGUUUUCGACUGCGUCAUUGAUCUAAUCCAUGUAUGAAAGGCAUAUUUAUAUAUAAGAUGGAAAUUAUGCGUUUAAGAUAACUUGACAAAAUUUCCAUCGAUAAAUUUACAUUAAGAAACGUAUAAGAUACAGGAAAAUCGAUAAAAAAUCGAUUUAAAUGGAGGAGUUUGUGUCUUGUAUUUCGUCGAGAAAAUGAAUGUAUGUACAUACGUACGUAUGUAUAUACAUAUAUAUAUAUAUAUAUAUAUAUAUAUAUAUAUACACACACAUAUAUAUAUACAUUAUAUACAUGUACGUAUAUACUUACGUACGCAAAAUGAAAAAGAUCCUUGUUGUAGAUAUUUUUGUAGCCGAUCUGAUACGGCCCUGAUCACUUAUCACUCACAUUAUAUAUCGUGUCUUUAACGCGAACGAAAGGAAAGUUGCAAUAAACGAGUGGCAGGGACGUUCAAAUGAAAAUGGAUUUUCGUUCAUACAAAUUUCGCUCUUUUGUUUGUGUGUAAAUAUUGUAUAUAAUAUAAAAAAUGUUAAAAUAAUAAUAAUAAUAUAACUAAUAAUACAUAUGUGACGCGCUCGACACGGCGAUCAUCUAAAUAAAAGUAACGAUUUCGAUGAGAAUAUUUCGAGUACGAAUGAGAGAGAGAGAGAGAGAGAGAGAGAAAGAGAGAGAGAGAAAGAGCAAAAGACAAAAAAGUAGAAGUGCUCAGCGGAUUUAGUUGUCUGAACAAAUAUAUAUAUAUAUAUAUAUAUAUAUAUAUAUAUAUAUAUAUAUAUAUAUACAUAUACAUAUGUGCUAAAACAGUGGCUUCGCGAGUACGUAUGUUGUAUACAUUGAAUAGCGUAAUCGAAAGAGAGAAAGAGAGAGAGAAAGAGAAAGAGAGAGAGAGAGAGAGAGAAAUGUUCUAAAGUAGAUAUUAAUGAUCGAGAAUGAAUUUAUCGAUGCUCAGGCGAAUAUUCUUUUUUCGAAUCCUGGCUUAAACAAUUUCAUGAAGUACAUACUCAUUAAAUGUUGACGACAAACCUGAAAGUGUCUGCUAAUGUUAAAAACGAAAACAUACCUAGAAUUUAAGGGAUAAUAAUCCGUUCGUUCGUCUCGUUCCUAUCAAUGAGAAAGAGAAAGAGAAAGAAGGAAACAGAAGGAAAGAAAGGAAGAGAGAGAAAUAGAAAGAAGGAACGAUAAGAUAAAAAGAAAAUUAAAAAAAAAGAAACAAAAAAAGAAACUAUCGAAUACGAAGAUUUAACCUGAGAUUAAUAAAAACUUUGCGAUACUGCAAAAAAGAGAUUCUGUGAUUCGAUGCUUAAAAUAUGUUUUGGGCUCGAGAAUCGGAAAACGGUAAGAUUUAGUGAGAGAGUGAGUAUAGUAUGAGAGAGAAAGUAUGUGUGAGGGAGAAAGUAGAGAAGGGAGGGAGAGAAUGUGUAUGAGAGAGAGAGAGAGAGAGAAAGAGAGAGAGAAAAUUAGUGAUAAACGAAGAAAGGAACAAACAAAUAAACAAACAAAAUGGUUAAGGUGCUAUCGCAAUAUUUGUUUUGCGCGCGCGUUACUGUUUCUUAAGUUGACAGAGAUUGACAGAAAUGAAGAUUUGGAGAUAGAUAGAUAGAUAAGGAGAGAGAGAGAAAGAGAGAGAGAGAGAGAGAGAGAGAGAGAGAAAGUGAAAGAGAAAGAGAGAGUUUACUUUAUACUUAAAUAUUAGGUUUUUAUUCAAAUAUGUAAGCUUACAUAUGCUUCCGUUAUUGACUCCGAGUCGCGACUUGUGAGCACGCUACUACUACUACUACUAUUUGAUCGUACAUAUUAGCUGUUUAAUAUUAAGCAAUUUUUUAUGAAGAGAGAGAGAGAGAGAGAGAGAGAGAGAGAGUGUGUGAGAGAGAGAGAGAGAAAGAGAGAUAGAUGCAGAUAUAUCAUUUUUAUAUUAUCUAACUAUCGCACCAGUAGAAACGCGAGUUUCUUCUUAUUCAUUCGAGGACCAACGUCCCUUACUACUUAUUACUAUACAUACAUACAUACGUAUAUUUAUCGUUAUUUGUCAUUAUCAAUGACUCAUUAAUAUUAUACUAUUUACUAUUGCUCAAUAUACGUGAUAUAGCUCUGCAGUGUGUGCGAAAUGCUUGCCAGUUGCUUUUUCGUUUUUCUUCUUCUACUUCUUCUCCUUCUCUUUUCAUUAUUAUUAUAAUUAUUAUAAUUAUUAUAAUUAUUAUAAUUAUUAAUAUUACUAUUAUUAUUAUUAUUAUUAUUAUUAUUAUUAUUAUUAUUAUUAUUAUUAAUAUUAUUAUAUUAUUGUCAUUAUUAUUAUGUUAUAGUGCAAUGAUCGUUGUUCUUAUCGACGUGUUGAGUCUUUCUAAGUAAACGAACAAAAAAAAAAAUAAAAGCAAAGGAAAAGCGUAGAAACGAAGGUAGAAAGUACGUGAAGUAUUAUUGCGAUUUCCGAAGAACGCGCAAAUAUAAAUGAUUCGAUUUUGAAUUAUCUCUAAUUCGUCCGUAUAUACUUAGGAGUGUGUUAAAUCGAGCAAGAUGUUUUUUUUUUUUAAUACUAAUAUCUUUAUCAAUGGAAAUGUAGUGAGAAAGAGAACGAUAGAAAGAAAGGGAGAGAGUGUAUGAAAGAAUGAACGAAAGAGAGAGAGGAAGAAAGAGAGAGAGAGAGAGAGAGAGAGAGAGAGAGAGAGAGAGAGAAACACUUGCUAAGACAAUUCCAAGAGCCUAUCUUUACUCAAUUUCAUGCGUAAAAGGCAUGUUUUUACUAUUAUACAAUGCCUGCGAACGAACGAACGAAAAUAAAAGGAAAAAAGAGAGAGAAAGAGAAAGAGAAAGGAGAAACAGGAAGAGACGCAGAGACGUGUAACGAUUUUUUGCAAGAUAUAAUCGGACAUACGAUCGACGUAUGAAUAAUAGUACAUACUUUAUUAUCUCCGUAGAUUAUCUUAUUAUACGGACAUGUCUACUACCUGCGAGGCUAAAGAAGCGUACGACUUAGUACAAACGAAUAAUAACACAAUAAUGUCGGUGAGUUGAUACGAAUGUAAAUGUACGUGUGUAUGUACGAAUUUAUGUAUGGAUCUAUGGAUGUAUGGAUGUACGGAUAUAUGUGUGCAAGUCGUGUACGACGAGAUGGUAAGAAAAAUAGAGUGAAAGCUAGAAAUGAAAAUGAAGAGAGAGAGAGAGAGAAAGAGAGAGAGAGAGAGAGAGAGAGAGGGAGAGAGAGAGAGAGAGAGAGAGAGAGAAACAAUUAGUGAAUGAAAGAAAAAAGAGAAGAGGAAGUACUUAUAGUUCGGGACUCAUAAUCUUUUCAUGUAAAUACAUAGAGAGUACGUACAAUUAUAUACUGUACACGAAAAAGAAAAAAAAAACAUGGAGAAGAGUGCAUAUUAUUUGGAUGGUUACAAAUUAUGAUUGUAUAGUUUAUCUCUAUUACGUAAAGACGGUGGAAGAGCGAAGAGGGAAAAAGUGCGAUGGAAUGUUAUUAAAACUUAUUAUGUACGUAAAAUGCUCGUACUUUGUCCGUUCCAUCUUUGCGAUACGUUUUGAAAAUAUUUGCGAAGAAUUAUCUUUAGCAAUGUACAGAUUAUAUACAAAGAGAAAGAGAGAGAAAGAGAGACAGAGAGAGAGGCAGAAAGUGAGAGAUCGAAGGUGGCCGAAUAUAAAAAGAUAAACAGAUUAGAUCAUU